GUUGAAGAAUGACUUUUAUUUCCCACAAUCCUUCCCUACUUCCUCUUCCGGUUGUCUCGCGCUUCGUGUAGCAGACAUCUUAAAUAUGGCAAAGUCUAAGAACCACACAACACACAACCAGUCCCGCAAGUGGCACAGAAACGGCAUUAAGAAGCCUCGCUCUCAUCGCUACGAGUCUCUAAAGGGGGUGGACCCUAAGUUUCUGAAGAACAUGCGCUUUGCCAAGAAACACAAUAAGAAAGGACUGAAGAAGAUCGCCAAGCAGCAGGCAGCCAAAUAAACAGCUGCUCAACCAUUUGUCUGUACAGAUGAUGUUUAUACCAUCCACAAUAAAACUUUAGACAGUGGAGCAAGAA